AGAUCCUCGAACGCUUUGUGGAAAAUGACCGAAACGAAGUGAAAAUCAACGCAAGUGUCAAAACAACAACAAAAACAGCAACAACAACAAAAACAUACCAAUAAAAGCUUUCUUUUUGAAAGACAGUGAUUCUAAUAAUACCAAGAAAGUAGAAAAACCACAGGAAAGGUUCGAGACGAUCUCUGACCACGUUCCGCACACACGGAGAGGGAGGCAAACGCACUCAACACAAACGUACAGCGUUAUUCGGCCGUGCGAGGCGAUCACCCUCGUCUGCACACGGAGCUAUGAGACCGAGGCACCAGGCGAGGCGCCCUGUCGCGCGGGCGGCGAUGUGGGCGUGGGCGGCGGUGGUGGUGGCCGUGUUGCGGGCGGCUCCCAGCACCGGCGACGCAUCCGCUUCCGCCUUCGACGCCCGCCAGCAGGAGAGCCCGCGGCCUGCCUUCCGGACGCCCGCGGGACCCAGGAACCGUCCGGAGCCGUACUCGCUGUCGUGGGCGCGGGCGGGGAGGCAGGCGCCCGUACCGCUGCAGUUCAGCGCCUCCAGCGAGGUGGGCGCCAGCAUCCUCAACCACGUGACCCAGUACGGCAUCAACGAGACGCGCUACCUCACCGCCGUCAAGGAACCCAAGCUCUUCGAGGAAGGCUACCACCUCCAGCGCGGACAUCCGGGACUCUUCCUCGCGGCUUUCAACAAACAGAAGAAGAAGAGCAAGACGCUGGCAGAGUUCGGCUACGCUUCCCUGAGGGCCUCCGAGCUGCUGUCUAGCCAGUUCCUUCUGACGCGACAGCAAGCUCUCUUCGGACUAGAACAGGUGUCUCUCAGGAACACUGCGCUUUACGACGCCUGUCCGGUCAAGACGGAGGAGUUCUCGGAGCGACCUUGCCCCGCCUACUCCGUCAUGUACCGUACUUUGGAUGGGACGUGCAACAACCUCGACAAGCAGGAAUGGGGAGCCGCAUUUCGCCCCUUUGCGCGAUUUCUGCCACCGGAUUACAGCGACGGCAUCGAGGCCCUGCGGGAGAGCGUGCGCGAGGGCUCCCUGCCUAACCCGCGCAAGAUCAGCGCCACCGUCCACCGCUCACUCAACAGGCCCUCCUACAAGAUCACGAUGAUGGUCAUGCAGUGGGGACAGUUCCUCGAUCAUGACAUCACCGCCACGGCGCAGUCUCGAGGCUUCAACCACAGCGUCCCCAAGUGCUGUAACGAGCGGACGGGGAAACCACUGCCCGAGGCGUUCAGACACCCGGACUGCCUGCCCAUCGAGAUCCCCGAGAGCGAUCCUUUUUACUCCAAGUGGAACCACACAUGUAUGGAGUUCGUCCGUUCCUCACCCGCGCCCAGAGCCAACUGCGCCCUCGGACCUCGCGACCAGAUCAAUCAGGUUACGUCAUACAUCGACGCCUCUAACGUGUAUGGAUCAGAUGACCAAGAAAUGGCUCAGCUGCGUCUGUGGGAAGCCGGUAUGCUCAAAUACAAGCCCGUGAGAUUCCGAAAGCCUCUGCUGCCGCCCCUGGACCACUUCGAGGAGGGAGAAUGCAGGGAAAACUCACGCAACCUACACUGCUUCCAAGCUGGGGACCUCCGCGUCAACGAGCAGCCGGCCCUGACCAGCAUGCACACCAUCUGGCUCCGCGAGCACAACCGCCUGGUGACGGAGCUUGCCGACGUGAACCCGCACUGGAAUGACGACAGGCUGUUCUUCGAAGCCAGGAAGAUCGUGGCCGCGCAGAUGCAGAAGAUCACGUUCGGCGAGUGGCUGCCGACGGUCCUGGGACCCGCGGUGAUGAAGGUGUUUCGACUGCCGCUGCAGAGGUUCGGCUACUACCGUGGCUACCGCUCCACGACCAACCCGACGGCUACGAGCGCCUUCGCCACCGCCGCCUUCAGGUUUGGACACAGCCUCGUCCAGCAGACUCUCAUGCGAUGCGACAAGACCGGGCGGCGAGUCCCCUUUACCAUCAGACUGCACCAGGAACUCAUGAACCCUUCCAACAUCCACAACUUCGGCAGCGUGGAUCGACUCAUGCUGGGUCUGGCCUUCGAGAAACCACAGGGACGCGAUGUCUACAUGACGGACGAGCUGACGAGGCACUUGUUUCAGUCGCCAGGCCACCACUACGGCAUGGACCUCGCCGCCCUCAACAUCCAGCGCGGGCGUGACCACGGACUGCCGGCCUACAACGUGUGGCGCGAGCAGUGUGGCCUGCACCGCUUCGUCAACUGGGGCGAACUGCUGCAGGUUAUGGACGACGACACCGUGGGCAGGCUGGCGGCGGUCUACAGGCACGUGGACGACAUCGACCUGUUCUCGGGGGGCCUGGCCGAGAAGCCCGUCCUCAGAGGCCUCGUCGGGCCCACCUUCGCCUGCAUCCUCGGUCAGCAGUUCCUCAAUCUCAGGCGCGGCGACCGCUUCUGGUUCGAGAACGGCGGCUUCGUGUCCUCGCUGUCCCCGGAUCAGCUGAAGGAGGUCAGGAAGGUCACGCUCGCCAGGGUCAUGUGCGACAACCUCGAUGACAUUGACGAUCUGCAGCCUAACGUGUUCCGGCCGCCAACAGAAAACGGAAGGAACGCCCGAAUAUCCUGCGAAGGAGACGAAAUCCCCAGGCUAGACCUAGAGGCGUGGAGAGAACAAGUGGACACAGAAUUCCCCGGGUUGCAGUACGCAGGGGGCAACCUCAAUUUGUCUGUUAUUAGCACCCAGCAGGAACAGCACAGCGAGUUCGACUACCACUACGACGACGACUACCUCUCCGGCCUGCCCGAGGAGGAGCUCUUCUACCUCGAGCCUCUGGAUGACCUCGAUGACUACAACGAGGAGGCGUUGCAGAAGCUCUACUCCAACGAGCUGCCGAGGCCCUUCGAGGAAGCCGACGAGAAGAGCGGCAAGGAGGAGCCAGCGCCUGUCCACGGAGGAGGCGGUCCCGGGCUCAGCCAGCUCACGGAUCACAACUUCAACAAUGUGAUUGAACACGCGUACUCCGACACCCUCUUCUACGGCAGGAGUCUCGAUAGGAACUGAAGGAGAGUUGGAUGGAGAGGAGGAGAUAAAGACGUAGAGAGACUGGAGGUGAAGGAUGGUGAGAAAAAUGGAUAGAGGAAGUAACACGUUUUGUCGAACACCUGCAAGGGUCGUGAGGAUCCGGUAACGUGAGGCAGGGCCGCGGCGAGGCUUGGGAAGGUGUGUGUGUGUGUGUGUGUGUGUGUAUGUGUGUGUGUGUGUGUGUUCGUUCGUUCGUUCGUUCAUAAUUCCUGUUCGCCCACGUUGCCAUAGAUCCUUGUGUACAAAGACGCCCAGUUAUGUAUGUCCUCGCCUCUGAAGAUCGUAAAUAUCUUUUGCUUGGCUUACAUACGUAGUGUAUUUACUAAAGUUACCAGACCGUUUCUUCUUGAUCAACUGAUCAGGUGACCUCGUCAAUUUUUCUGUCGCUGUCAUUAAUAUAUAUUGUUGUACAUCUUUGACUGUAUUAUGAACUUUCCUCUUAUCAGUCCACAACUUGUUGUAAAUUUCCAUAUUUUCUUUUUAUAGUUUAAGAUUUGUUCUGUUUUCUCUGUUUUCUAGUGUUUAUCUUGUUUAACAUAACUCGUUAACCCAGAAUUAUUUAUUUGUUGUAGUAGAUGAAGCGUAAGCUAAUGGCGUGCUAAUACAUGUCUCUUAUUUAUUUAUUUAUAAGUAUGUCCGUGUUCUCCGUUUUCUUUUUAGUUGCUGCACCCCCUUCACUCUUAAGGUUUUAGCUAACGGUAUAGGCUCUGCUGUCACGAUUUAUUUUGUUAUAGGAAGUAUUGUUAGUAUCCGUAUGUUGCUCUUGAUAUAGGCUAAUAUUAUCUUUAUUAUCUUGUCCUGAACUUGUUUGUAUUCUUUGCUUUUUAUAUACACUUACAAUAUGUGUGUGUGUGUGUGUGUGUGUGUGUGUGUGUGUGUGUGUGUGUGUGUGUG